GUGACAAGGUGCCAGGAACCUACAGCAGGACGUUAAUGAAGAUUUAUUGCUUUCAUAAAAAUACGGGAUAUAAUCGUAGUAGAAUCUUUUCGUUUUAAAACGUUCUUGUCAUGUCAACUGACAACAAUUAAUAAUUGUCAAAGAAAACUGGGUUUCCUCUUAUUUUUUGGUUACCAACCUGGUAUUGACAAAACUUACAUGGACAUGCGUAAUACGUUAUUUUAUAUUUAACUAGUAGUAUGGAAAAUAAUCGCAACUCCUCAAAUGUAUCUCUCAAAUCUUCAUCUCCAUCUGUAUCUGAAUCUCGUUGUUCAAGAACUAUACGAUCAAGCAAAUAUGAACAUAAUGAUCCAUCGCAACGAUUAUGGUGGACUAAUACCUUUAAAAGAUUGGAGGAUGAAGUAUCAAUUAUGCCGUAUGAGAGAGAAGAUGUCAUCGACGAAAUGUUUCCCGAAAUUAGCCCAAGAUUAAAAAACAUCUUAACAUUUCAAAAAGUAUCUAAAGAUUUACCAUGUUACUCGAUAAAAGGUCCCAAAAGGAAAAUUCGCCGCAAAACCUCAACGAUUUUAGAUACAGCUAGAUAUGGUUCUAAAGAAUCUUUAAUGACCGAUUACAAUGAAUAUCCCGAAAACACUCGAAUAAAUUCAGCCCCCGCGAAUAAUCCUUAUCGAAAAUUUUUUAAAACCAAAAUUGAACGCGCAAGAAUUUGGAGAGAAAUACCACCUUUACGAUUAGACGAAAUGAAUUUAAUUCAAAAAGCAGAUGCAAUAACCGAAAGCAUAGCUCGAAAUUUCCAUAAUUGGUUAAAAUCGUUAAGCGAAGAAGGAACUUCUAGUUUAGAUAAAGAAACCAUUAUGAGCAUGUUUCAAAUUGGUUUUAAUUAUCACGCCGCUAAUUCGGUUUAUAUAAAAGUUAAAGAAAUGCCUGCCGUUACUGAUACCAUUGCGAUAUCAAGAGAUUUACCGGAAGCUUCAGUUAGAGCUAAUCUCCACAAACAUCUAACACGCGACUUAAAGGCGUAUAACACAAAAGAGAAACAAUGUGCUUUUGGAACAAUGCUUCCUUUAGAAUUAAGAUCAAUGCCACCUAAAGAUGAUUUCGCCGAUAAAUGGUUUGGUUGUAAAAGAGUCCCACCAGAACUUGCAAGCAUGGAAGCAGUUUGGGGUGGAAUUGAACAUCUGAGAUCUACAAGAGCUUUUUGUACGUGGUUGUUAAAUCAUCCGGAUAUACCACCUCCGGAGUAUCUAGAAGCUAAAGGAAUGUUAAAUCGGAAAUUUUUAAGCAAACCACUUUCUAAUGAAGAUCUUAUGGAUGCUGAUUCCGGGAAGGAUUUAUAAAAUAAAAACUUAAUUAAUUUGAUAUAUAUUGCGAAUAAUACCAAGCUAUAAUCGAUCAAA